GCUGCUAAUGCCGAGGGAUUAUUAGAUGCUUCUCCACUUUCCAUUUUGAAUUUUCCUGGAUCCUUCUUCCUUCACUCGCCACUCGCUCACUGCUAUAUUCAAUCCAUGUUGUGUUGAUUUGAGUAGUUAGAGUUUGUAAUAAUGGCGGAGGUGCUUCGACGAGGUCGCUCUCUGGCUGAGACGCCAACAUACUCAGUUGCUUCCGUUAUUACUGUUAUGGUCUUCGUCUGCUUCGUCGUUGAGCGCUCCAUCUACCGCUUUGGAAAGUGGUUGAAGAAGACAAGAAGGAAGGCUCUCUUUGCAUCACUGGAAAAGAUUAAGGAAGAGUUGAUGCUACUUGGUCUUAUCUCUUUGUUGUUGGCACAAAGUGCAAGAUGGAUCUCUGAAAUAUGUGUGAAUUCAUCACUGUUCAAUAGCGAGUUUUAUAUUUGUUCUGAAAAAGACCUUGACGCGAACCAGAAUGUCAUGCCCGAAGGUUCAUCCUUUUCCCCUGAUGAAACUGAUAUUCCAAAGGGACUAAUUAGUGGUUCAUUCAAUCAAUGCCCUGCGGGGCACGAGCCAUUUGUUUCAUAUGAGGGUCUUGAGCAGCUGCACCGGUUCUUGUUUGUUCUUGGGAUCACUCAUGUUCUAUACAGUUGUCUGGCAGUCGGUUUGGCAAUGAGCAAGAUUUAUAGUUGGCACAGAUGGGAAAAUCAGACCACGGUUGCAGCGGACGGAAAUCUGCAAGGAAAGAGAAACAAGGUGAUGAGGCGGCAGAUAACCUUUGUUUUUCACCAUGCUUCACAUCCAUGGAGCAGGAAUCCAAUACUCAUCUGGAUGCUUUGUUUCCUGCGCCAGUUUAGGAGUUCUAUAAAAAAAUCAGACUACCUUGCACUCCGUCUGGGUUUCAUCACUGAGCACAGAUUGCCACUGUCAUAUAAUUUUCAUCAAUAUAUGGUUCGAAGCAUGGAAGAUGAAUUUCAUGGCAUUCUAGGCAUAAGCUGGCCACUUUGGAUUUACGCUAUAAUCUGCAUCUUUGUGAACAUCCAUGGUCUGAAUAUAUACUUCUGGCUGUCAUUUAUCCCUGCAAUGCUUGUGAUGUUGAUAGGCACAAAACUUCAACAUGUAGUAUCCACUUUAGCACUUGAAAUUAUGGAACAACAAGGUCCACUUGCUAGGACACAAGUAAAGCCACGUGAUGAUCUCUUCUGGUUUAAAAAGCCAGAAAUACUCCUAUGGCUGAUUCAAUUUGUGAUAUUUCAGAAUGCCUUUGAAAUGGCAACAUUUAUUUGGUCAUUGUGGGGACUAGAGCAAAAAUCAUGCUUUAUGAAGAACCAUUACAUGAUCAUCAUUCGUUUGGCAUCGGGUGUUCUUGUUCAGUUCUGGUGUAGCUACAUGACAGUUCCCCUGAAUGUGAUAGUUUCACAGAUGGGAUCGCGGUGUAAGAAGGCGCUAGUAACAGAGAGUGUUAGAGAUUCAUUGCACAGUUGGUGUAAAAGAGUAAAACAGAAAUCGAAACAUGAUCACUCGCAUCAUACUGCAAGAUCAGUCUGUUCCCUUGAAUCAACAAUUGAUGAGAGGGAUGAGAUAACAGUAGUAUCUGGUACUCUAACUAGAAGCUCUUCCUUAGACUUGGAGUCUUUGAAUCAGAUAACAGUAACUUCAGUAGACCAACUCAAAUUUGAAGCUUCCAACAGCUCCAGAGACCAAGAUUCAAUGAAGGUGGCCGAGUAUUUGUCCAAAUCUGUACAUAUUGACUCUACACAACUGCCGGAUAAUGGCGAGGACCAUGUUGGUGGCAGUGAAGACGUAGCAAAAGCUGAGACUCUUUCUGAUUUGUUUCAGAAAACAUGACAAACUUAUGGUUAAUGUUCUUAGUUUCAUUGCAUAACCAGUUGAAACAAGGGAAUAUAGAUGUACAAAGUCAGGCAUAAAGGCUCUGAAGGAUGGAUAUAGUACACUAGCUAGUCCAGUGUGAAGAGGCUUGUACAACAGAUGCAACUAAAUAUCUUAUCUAAGUUGUAAGCCUAUCAAGUUAUAUAUAUAGGGUUAGUCUCAACGUAGCGUUGAAAUAUUUGGACAUAAAACAGUUUAAAUAUUUAAUAGAAGAUCUUAAAAACAGAAAUAAGUAACCAGGUUGAACCCAAUAAACUCUUAUGUUUAAUGUUUUAGUACUUUUUACCGAGUCUAGUUUAAGUAAGUACACCAAGUUGUUUAGUAGCAUAUUUUUAUCACAAACUUGGCAUCCCUAAUUCUCGUGGUUUGUUAAUCUAAUUCUUUCCACUGGAAUCAUCA